AGCUGCACAUCAAAGUCGGUCUCCAGACACGAGCUGUCCUUUCGCAACAUCCUCACCAUCAUCACGAUGCCUAGAGGAUUCUUGGUUAAGAGGAACCGUAGAGGUUCGGCCACGUACCGCACACGAAACGACUGCGUCGGCAAACCUGAAGCGUCCAGCUGUGACCGGAGCGGCAUGCUGGCUGAGAACCAUGGCUCUGUGGGACUCCAACUCCGCCGUCCCGACGGAGACUCUCCCGAACCCCGCGAGGAUCCGGCCAGGGAGUCGUGGAGUCCCCACGUGGAGCCCGCGCUGGAGGCGGAGGCUGACCGGCGCGCGCAGUUACCGGAGACCGAGGAGGAGGUUUUGAGUGUGGACGGUGACUUCUCCUGUUUCUACCCACCUCCACCUCCACAUGAGCAGAGUUUAAACAAGUCGUGCAGUCCAGUAAAACCGGUAGGAACGAGAAUGUUGGAGCAUCACGUGGAGACCGAGCAGCCGGCGUGUUCGCCGGCACCAGACCUACCGGAGCUGCCGUUCCUGGUGAGCGCCGCUCCGGCCUCCGUGUCCGCUUCCAUCGAGAGGCUUCUCGCAAGCGGCAGCAACCGCCUCCACACGCAGCCCUAUGGUCACAAUGACAAGUACGACCAGAAUCUGGCUCAUGUGCACUUGUUCCCAUCACUGACCCUCAUGGGCCAGGAGCACGCAGCCAGAAAGCGCUCGUACCUCGAUCCGGACCACCAAAACAAGCUCAGCACUAAGCAGACCAAGAAACCCAAGGCGAACCGGAGACAGAACUUCGAGGAUGAAGUCACCACGUCGCCGGUUCUGGGUUUGCGCAUCAAGAAAGAGAGUCCGGAGCUGAGGAGGUCUGCUCCCACCGGGACCCAGCCGCUCGGAGAGUUUAUCUGCCAGCUUUGUAAAGAGGAGUACCCCGACCCCUUCUCCCUCGCGCAGCACAAAUGCUCCCGCAUUGUGCGCGUGGAGUACCGCUGCCCCGAGUGCGACAAAGUCUUCAGCUGUCCCGCCAACCUGGCCUCCCACCGGCGCUGGCACAAACCACGCCCGGUGAACAACCAGGGGGUAGAAGGUCACACGAACCGGAGCCAGUCAUUAAAGGAGGCGCGAGACUUUGUUACGCACGAGCGGCAGCCGGUGGACUUGGAGGGAAAGGAGAAUGAGUUGCUGCGCGCGCACACCAAUCAGCACCUGAACAGCUCCCGCGUGCUGGUGCUCCACGGUCGGACCCGAGACAGCCCCGAUUCCUCCUCUACUCACUACCGGAACCCGGACCUGCAACAGCACGUGAGAGCCGCAGACAGCCCUCCGUCCGGACUCCUACUGCUGAACCCCGGCGAGCAGCAGAGACAGCAGCCCGCGCUAAACUUCGUCCGGUCCUUACCGGAGGAGGAAUUGUACGAGUGCCGUUAUUGCGGUAAGAAGUUCCGCCGGCAGGCUUACCUGAAGAAGCACCUGGCCGCACACGAGAUGACUGCGCACGGUUCACAAACCCCAUCGUCCUACAAUCAAGCGCGCGACAGCGGCAGUGUCCAGGGCGGCCAGGUGUACCUGUGUCACCUGUGCGGCGCGCGGUUCCCGUCGGUGGAAAUUCGGGACAAGCACCGCGUGUGGCACGCGAUGAGGGACGAGCUGCUGGCAGAAACGCUGGGGGGAGCGCUCGCAGGGGACGGUUUCCAAGCACACAGAGAGGAAGGUAGCGGCGGGGAGCGCGAGCAGCCACAGAUCUUCACGUGCAAGUACUGUCCGUCCACGUUCUUCAGCUCCCCGGGGCUCACGAGACACAUCAACAAAUCUCACCCCACCGAGAAUCGGCAAGUGAUGCUGCUGCAGAUGACAGUACGGCCAUAAAAACUGAUCAGAGUGACCGAUUACCAAUGACGGGAGCCAAAACUUCAUGUAGAUUUUGUUUAGUCGUGCAUUCAGACUGAACUGUAUCCUUGUGCCUUUCAUUUAAAAUGUAAUUCUGUUUAUUUGGUAACACAGUAAACUUCAUUUAAUUAUAUUCUGUAAUAAAAUGCAACGCAACUCUGAAAGUCGACAUGAAGAGAAUUUGAAAUUGAGACGGAGUCACUGUCCAUGGUGCUGAAACAGCUCUAUUAAACCCGUAUAGUUUGAAUCAACCUGAUUCAAACUCCUUAUGAAAUUUGUGGAAAAAAAAAAAAACGACGGUAAUACGUGUUUUGAUAAUAAAUGUCAGUUCAAUUAUAUUUUUCAUACAGAAACAAAGCAUUUAAUGUAACUACAGACUGCUACAUAAUUCAUGUCAGUAUUGAUUCUGCAGUUAAUGAUACAACUGCAGCUUCUAGAAGCCUGUAGGUCUAUUUUAAUAUGUUCUGUGUUCAAUGUGUGGUACUGUCAAUAAAAAUAUUAAUGAAUACA